UUACUAUUUCCUUUUUCUCAUUUCCUUUGUUACGAUUUCUGGCUUUUUCUUUAUCGGUUCACGGUCCACGAUAUUAUUUGUCUGUUAUCGAAUUUUAACGCCCUUCUUCCUCAUAGGUAGUAUUGGUGCAACUUCAAACAUCUUUCUCAAGCUUCAAGCUUCAACCACCUCUCUAUAAAGUUCUCUAGAAGAGAAUUACAUUCCCAAAUCUUUUAAACCCUCCCUUCCUUUUUUUUGGUCUCUUUCUCUUUUCUCUUUCUUCUCUUUUCUUUCGACCUAUUAUUGGUCGAAAUAUCCCAUCGGCAAAAUUUCAUCCUUCUCAGCUUCAACGUCUCCCAUCCCACAAUACUCUAAGCAUUUCCCUCUGAGGACGGCAAAGUGCACACGGCCCAAGCUCUCGCUUCAAACUCUCCCUCGUGUCAACAUGGGUUCUCCGCCGGCCCUGGGCGCCCUGGGCGCAAUGUUUACGGCAAUGAGGCUUCUGCAGGCAGUGUGUCUCAUCACAAUCAUCGGUCUUGCUGGAAAUUUUGUUGCAGAGCUGGUCUCUACCUCUUUUUCUACCCCAUCCGCCCUGAUUGGCACACUGGUUGUGGCAUGUCUGGCAAUGGUGUACAUUAUCAUCUCUUAUAUCCUUUACUGGGAUCAUAUGCUCCCCCUCCUCAUUGCUACUGCUGCAGACGGGCUAUGCUUCAUCGCGUCCAUCGUCGUGGCUUGUGUCGUUGGCAGGCCUGUAAGCUACCUCAACUGCAGUGCUUUCCCCCAGAAGGGAAACACUGGCGACUUCAUCUACUCGCUCUUUGCCAACGUCAAGCAUUCGUCAUCCGAUGUCUUCCAGUGGGCUGACCCCAGCAAGGCAUCGUGCUACGAAAUCAAGGCCGUCUGGGGCUUGUCCAUCGCAACCUCCGUCCUGUUCUUCAUGUCCGCCGUCGUGGCCAUGUGCCUGUGGAAGCGCAUCAAGGGAGGGUAUAGCUGCCGUGACGGUUUCUCGGGGGUGCCUCCGACUCCAAAUGUGCUGCGCAAGGCCCGGAGCCUUGGGACGAUGGCCAUGGCAAACGCACAGCACCAGGAGAGGAGGUCGCUGUAUGAUAGCACUGAUGAGGAUCUCGACAUGAACAUCCCCGUUCAGGUCCUCAACGACUCCCAUCCUUACUUCCCCCCUUUACCCACGGCAGCAAAGAAGACGAGGCGGCCUCGCGUGCAGAGCAUGAAACGUCCAGUUGAGGAGAUGCCGCCGUUGCCACCAAUACCACCAGCUUUCGCAGCUCAUAAACCACCGCCUAUUCCUCCAUCUCCGCUGUCAUCUUCAAAAUUGAGCCUACCUCCUGCGAGCCCAAUAUCGGUAACUGGAAAGACGAAGCGCAAGACGCUUCUCCAGCGGAUAGAAGGCUGGUGGGACCUGGGAUUGCUGGAGAGGAGACAGACGCUGUUUGGAGCAUCGAAAUCUGGAUGA